UACUCCCUCUGUUCAGAAAUAUUUAUCGAAGAAAUGAAUAAAAAUGAAUGUAUCUAGAAUUAGUACUUGUCGAAUAAAUGAAUAAAAAUGGAUGUAUCUAGAAUUAGAAUAGGUCCACAUACAUUCAUUUCUCUUACAAGUAUUUCCGGAGGAAGUAGUUUUGAAUGUAUAUAAUCGAGAUUGUACAAUUCAAUACAAAUAUUAAUACUCCUGCAGGUUGAUACACGCCUUUGAAAUCGAGAAUGAGUCUGCAAUUCUGGCACAGGAGCUGUCCUGUGGUGACCCUGCCUGCUGAAUACCAUGAACAAGGCAUAGUUGACAACCCUACUGAAAACAAUGUGAGAAGGGUGUGGGCUAGCAGGAGGACAUGGGAGGACGAACAGCUAUACCUGGUCCAUGAUCAGGGCACCGGUCUUCCUACUACUCUGGUCGUCAAGAAGUUCCAGAGCGUGAACCCGGUACUACAAGUGCACGGCAAUGCCACGUACCGGUACAAUUCAGAGAUGUUCCUGCUAGCCAGCAAUUCUCACGACAACAUCAUCAAAGCCGUAGACCUCAUCCAGCGGGAAGACGCAAUCAUGCUCGUCUACGAGUAUCCGGUGAACGGCAGCCUUGACUACUGGAUGCACCCGCCGGUGGAGACCGGUCGACCUCUAGGCUGGGCGGAGAGGAGGGCAAUCGCCAUCGGGGUGGCCAAAGGACUCUGCCACUUGCACCAUGGAUGCAAGAAGCCGAUUGUCCACCACAACAUCAGCCCUGAAAACAUCUUGCUUGAUCAGAAUUUCAAGGCUGUAAUAGCCAGUUUUGGCGAAGCGCAGAUGAACAUGGCUGGGCUCGGCCAACCGUUGCCAAUCACGGAUCUGCCUCCCGGUAACUUUGGGUACGCAGCUCCAGAGUAUGGGAGAGCGACGAACCAGGUGACUGAGAAGGCAGACAUAUACAGCUUCGGAGUGUUGCUGCUAGUACUAGUCACGGGGCGGGUGGCCAAUGGACCUGGACUGAAUGGUCUAUUGGCAACUUGGGCACAGAAGAAGUGCAAUGAACUGAUGGCAAACAACCUGAAAAUGUUCAAGAUUGCUGUGGACAAGGGCGUCCCUGAUCAAGCACGAUACAUGAAGGAGAUGGCUACCAUGUUCAGGCUAGGCGUGGAUUGCACCGUCAGGGAUCCGCAAGAAAGGCCUCCAAUGCUGAAGGUUCUGAAGCGACUCCGCCGUGGGCGCUCUCCAUUCCGUGGCCUCUUCGCCUUCUAAUUCAUGAGGCCACCUGAAAUCUCACAGAGGUCCAGUCGAUUUUUUUUCCUCGGAUUGAUAUCGUCCUGAUUUGUGGUGUGUUUAAGUCUACUGUUGUGGGUAUUUGAUGGGGCCUCUGCUACUUCUUGGGCAGCAUGGGAAUCCCUUGAGUGGUUGUUGUUCUGGCUGUACUCCGCUCUUUCGGCCUCAUCUUCGGAUGAUGUCGGUAUGUAUAUUGUGGUUGUAUCGGUCUCAUAUUACACACUGUUGUUCAUGCAAUCCCCAGGAAAUGAAGCUUCCUGGACUCAUGGCAAACAACCUGGAGUGAAUGGUCUAUUGGCGAUUUGGGCACAGAAGAAGUGCAACGAACUCAUGGCAAACAACCUGAAAAUGUUCAAGAUUGCUGUGGACAAGGGCAUCCCUGAUCAAGCACGAUACAUGAAGGAGAUGUCGACCAUGUUCAGGCUGGGCGUGGAUUGCACCGUCACGGAUCCACAGGAAAGGCCUUCGAUGCUCAAGGUUCUGGAACGACUCCGUCGUGGGCGCUCUGCAUUGUGUGGCCUCAUCACCUUCAAUUUAC